AUGGCAAACGAUCCUCCCCACGUCAAUCCUCCUAGUGUGAUUUCAGAACCCCUCCUCUCCGGCGAGUCCUACGCGUACUACACCCCAUGCCCAAAUGCAAUCACGCCCCAACAGACCUCACCCACGAUCCAUGAUACGAAUGAGAGUACACCAUGUGUUUUGGGUGUCGAUGAAGCCGGCCGUGGUCCAGUCCUAGGGCCAAUGGUCUACGGUGCCUUCUAUCUCCCUCUUGAUCUUCAUCACUCGCUUUUGACCGAGAAACACAGCUUUGAUGACAGCAAAGUGCUUACACCCGCCGUGCGAGAAAACUUGAUGCAUCUAUUGAAUACACCAGGAUAUCCGUUGUUCGAGUCCUGCGGAUAUGCGGUCAAGGUGCUUUCGGCGCGCGACAUCUCUUCUGGCAUGAUGAGAUCACCCACUGCAGUAUACAAUCUGAACGCCCAAGCUAUGGAUGCCACGGUGGAGAUAAUUCGAGGAGUCGUUGAAGACCGUGGGGUGGAUGUGCGAGAGGUAUACAUUGACACGAUUGGGAACCCCGCUACGUACCAGCAAAAAUUGGAGCGAAUAUUCCCAUCUCUCAAAAUUACGGUGGCAAAGAAAGCCGAUUCCUUGUAUCCCUGUGUCAGCGCCGCCAGUGUGGUAGCCAAGGUGACACGAGAUGUUGCACUGGAAGUGAUGUAUGAGGCCGUGCUUCGAGCUGAGCAAUCACUUAGCCCAACCCCCCAAACUUGGGGAAGUGGCUAUCCCUCGGACUCCAAGUGCGUCGGCUGGCUUCGACGCAAUAUGGACACUGUGUUUGGAUGGGGCAGUGAAUGUCGAUUCAGCUGGGGUACUGCGAAGGAGAUGCUUGAAAUGAAAGGAGGAGCGCGAGUCGACUGGCCCGACGAGGAGGAAGGGGCACCUCGGCUGGAUGAGUUCUUACUAUCAUCAGCUCCCGGGAAAAGCACAGGCAAGGUUGGAUUACGGGAUUGGUAUGGCUACAGACACACUGGAGUUCUCUGA